AUGUACAUAAGAGAACAGGACGAUGAUAUAUCUGCCGAACCGGUCGUUUACAUAUGCGGAGAAUGCGGAAUAGACACAGUGAUAGCGCCCAACGCAUCCCUGCGAUGCAAAAACUGUGGGUCGAAAAUUUUUUUCAAAAAAAGGAGCAGAAGAGUCAUGCAGUAUGAAGCCCGCUAA